AUGGGUAAAGAGGCAAACACACUGUUAAGAACAAGGCGUGCUUUGCGCUUUUGAAAUUGAGAGUAGAUAGAGAGAGAGAGAGAGAGAGAAAUAGUACCUCUCUUUGUAGAGAGAGAGAAACAGAGAAGGUUGGGGUUGGUGUUGGUGUUGGUGUUGGGUGAGUUGUGGCGAUUUGAUCUAAGAAGGCGAGAGUCCGGAGGCAACUCACCUCUCUCGCAUUGCUGGCUUUGUUUGAUACGGCGGCGAAGUUUCCUCUUCUUCUUCUUCGAUUGUCUCGUGGCGAAGAAUUUGUUGGGUGCUUUUCUUUAAAGCCCCAAAGAGCGCCUUCGUUUCUCGGUUUAUUAAACGCCCUCAGUUCGUCUGCUCUGUUUUUUCCUCUCACAAAGAAUUGAAGGAUGGAGUGGACUGCUUGUCUCGAUGAAUACGAGAAACUCGUCUUCCGGAUGAACACCCCUAGGGUCGUGAUUGACAAUGCCGUCUGCUCCACUGCGACUUUAGUCAAGGUCGAUAGUGCUAGAAGGCACGGAAUUCUUCUAGAGGCUGUUCAGGUCCUCACAGACCUAAAUCUCACCAUUAAAAAAGCUUAUAUUUCUUCUGACGGACAAUGGUUCAUGGAUGUUUUCCAUGUUACUGACCAAAAUGGGAACAAAUUAACGGACGAGAGCGUUAUCAAUUACAUUGAGCAGUCACUCGGAACGAUUCACUUCGGGACCUCCAACUGUUCUAACGGCCUGACAGCCCUGGAGCUAACCGGAACGGACCGAGUUGGUCUUCUUUCCGAGGUCUUUGCAGUGCUGGCUGAGAUGCAAUGCAAUGUGGUUGAGUCCAAGGUAUGGACACACAACGGCCGAAUUGCUUCACUCAUUUAUGUCAAGGACUGUGGUUCGGGUUGCCCAAUUGAGGACUCGCAGAAAAUUGAUACAAUUGAAGCGCGGUUGAGGACUGUGCUCAAGGGAGACAAUGACAUUCGGAGCGCGAAAACCUCAGUUUCCAUGGCUGUCACGCACACCGAAAGAAGACUCCAUCAGAUGAUGUUUGCAGAUCGCGAUUAUGAAAGGAAGCCCAUCCUACAGCUUUGCACUGAUUCUCCGAUUGUAACGGUGCAGAAUUGGGCUGAAAGGAGCUAUUCUGUAGUGAAUAUUCAGUGCAAGGAUCGGGCAAAGCUUUUGUUUGAUGUUGUUUGCACAAUGACAGAUAUGGACUAUGUGGUUUUCCAUGCCACGAUUAAAACAGCAGGAGAUAGAGCACACAUGGAAUUUUACAUUAGGCAUACUGAUGGAACCCCAAUUAGUUCUGAACCCGAACGACAUCGUGUAAUUCAAUGCUUACAAGCUGCCAUUGAAAGAAGAGCAUCUGAGGGUGUGAGACUUGAAUUGUGUACCAAGGAUAGAGAAGGUCUUCUAGCUAAUGUCACCAGAACAUUCCGAGAGGCCGGUCUCAAUGUGACAAGGGCCGAGAUAUCCACCUCAACAGACAAGGCUCUAAAUGUUUUCUAUGUCACCGAUGCAAUUGGAAACCCUGCGGAUCCAGAAACCAUUGAUGCAGUGAGGCAGAAAGUAGGGUUGAGUGACUUGAAAGUGAAGGAACUGCCAUCCGUUUGCCAUUCAGAGGGUGACAGAGAAGAGCAAGCACUAGGGGUUGGUGGGGCAGUGCUGUUAUCACUUGGGAGCUUAGUGAGAAGGAAUCUAUACAAUUUGGGACUCAUCAGGUCUUUUUCUUGAGGAUGUUGUAGAAGAUUUGGUUAUUCACUUUGCUGGUAUUUGGCAAUGGAUAUGGUAUAUUAUUCUUUGCUUGGGGUUCUGGCAUUGUACAUAAAGAGAAAAGGAAGAAGGAAGGUGGGAAUUUGGUGAUAGUAGUUGCUCUUAUAGGUGGGUUUGGUCUGGUUGGGGGGAAUUGAUAGAGAUUGGAGGGCCACUCCAUUUUAAAUGCUUGUGUUUGAAAUUUAGUAGAGGGAACGAACAGAUGGGGGUGUAAAAAAGGGAGUUGGGUGGUAGUGAAUUUAUUGGUUUAUUGCUGGAAGGUAAAGAAGAGAAUGUUAGGUAAAAGGAAAUAGGAAUCUUAAGCACCACAGCUAGAUUUGUGUACAUAGCAACUCUAUGAUUUAAGGUAUUAUUAUUAGUUUUAAUGGUUGACAUGAUAUUUUUUAA